AUGGGAUUAACUUCAACUGAUGGAACAACACCAAUGACUUUAUGUACAAACCAUGAAGAUGUUAAUUUCAAUUGUCAAGACUACAACAACCACUAUAGUUUAUGUACAUCUCUUACACCUACACUACAAAAUAUAGCAUGGACCAGAUGUCCAAAGUUUUGCAACCUCUGUGGAGUAAACGGAACAGCACCCACUCAGUUCACGUUGACGGGAACUACGACAUUACCUCCGUGUAUAGACCACGAUAGUCGAUGUUCAAAAGCUACUUAUAAAAACUUAUUGUGUAAUCCAAAUGCAGUACCGGAUACCAAAAAAUAUGCAAUUCAGACAUGUCCGUUGACAUGUAACUAUUGUACUGAAUAUUAUGGUAUGUAUUAUGUAAGAAAUCAUUAA